AAGCCGUGCUGCAGUGUUGCUGAUUGAUGAGCUGAGCUCUCCGACUCUACUAAUCAUCUUUACAUUCCAAUAUUUCUGACAGGGUUUUACCCCCACAGUUCCAUCUGAUCCGUUGUGGGUGUAUUUGAGGUGGUUAACUGCGUUCUGCUGUAAAGCUCAAGUUCCAGCUUUAACGUGUAUGUGGUCAUAUGGAGCAGAACAGCCACAUGUAGGGGCCACAUGUUAAGAUGCUAUAAUAAAGCUGAAUAUGUGCUUCAGUCUCCAGAUGAUUCCUUUCAUCAUUAAGAGAUUUCAUCAAGUGACAUUCUGUCACCAUCUGUUCUCUUCAUUCCUACACAUCGUGCAUUCCUCUCUGCAGUAACAAGUAAAAGAUUUCAUGCUAAUAUGAAGUCUGAGGAGAUGAAAUGUGAGGAUCUGGCACCCACAGAGAGCUCCAACAGUCCUCAAAUGUCACCCGGUGCUUUCCUCGGCGACACCUCUCGCACACCAGUGAAAAAAAAUGUUCACCGAUGCUCCGAGUGUUGGAAGAGUUUCAGUCAGAUAAGUACGCUCAAAGAACAUCAGCGCGUUCACACGGGAGAGAAGCCGUAUCAGUGCUUGCAGUGUGGCAAGAGAUUUAGUCAGAAGAGCAAUCUCAGGAAGCAUCAGGGCGUUCACGCCGGAGAGAAGCCGUAUCACUGCUCGCUGUGCGGGAAGAACUUCAGCAGCCAGAGUAACCUCCAGCGGCACCGGCGCAUCCACACGGGAGAGAGGCCGUACCAGUGUGUGCAGUGUGAGAAGAGUUUUAUUGAGAGCGGGAGCCUCGUUAAACACCAGCGAGUUCACACGGGAGAGAAACCGUAUCGGUGUUCGCUGUGCGCAAAGAGUUUCACCAGCCAGAGUAACCUUCAGCAGCACCUGCGCAUCCACACCGGAGACAAACCCUAUAACUGCUUAAAGUGUGGGAAGCGUUUUCGACAAGGCACCGGUCUCCAGAUCCACCUGCGCAUCCACACGGGAGACAAACCCUACUACUGCUUAGACUGUGGGAAGAGUUUCAGGCAAGGGACCGCUCUUCAGAUACACCAACGUGUUCACACCGGGCACAAGCCCUAUCGCUGCACAGAGUGCGGGAAGAGCUUUACCAGCCAGAGUAAUCUCCAGCGGCACCUGCGCGUCCACACGGGAGACCGGCCGUACCGCUGCUCGGACUGCGGGAUGAGUUUCACACAGAGGAGUAAUCUCCAACAACACCAGUCUGUUCACAGUGGCGACAAGCCGUACCGCUGCUCGGAGUGUGAGAAGAGCUUUAAUCGUGAGGACUCGCUCCAGUUACACCAGCGCACUCACACUGGAGAGAAGCCUUACCGCUGCUCGGACUGUGGGAAGACCUUCAGUAACCAGAGUAACCUCCGAAAGCACCACCGCGUCCACGUCGGAGAGGAGCCGCACCAGAAAAAAUUGCAAAUAUGCACAGAGUGUGGGAAGAGCUUUACCCGAAAGGAGAGUCUCAAAAAACACCAGCUUAUUCACACAGGAGAGAAGCCGUAUCAGUGCUCACAGUGUGGCAGAAGUUUUAAACAAAAGCGCGCUCUUCAAAAGCAUCAGCGCGUUCACACAGGAGAGAAGCCGUACCAGUGCGUACAGUGUGGGAAAUGUUUUGCUGAUAAACGUAAUUUAAAAAUACACCAGCGCCUUCACACAGGAGAGAAACCGUAUUGUUGUAAAGAAUGUGGGAAAACCUUUAAUCAAAAGUGCUCACUUCAAGUACACCAACAUGUUCACACUGGAGAGAAACCCUAUUACUGCCCCGAGUGUGGGAAGACUUUUACCGAGAAGAGUACUCUCGAAAGCCACCUGCGUAUUCACACAGGAGAGAGACCGUAUCUGUGCUUACAGUGUGGAAAGAGUUUUACUAGCAGUAGCAAUCUGACAUCACACCAGCGCAUUCACACUGGAGAAAGGCCGUAUAAAUGUGAGGAAUGUGGGAAAACAUUUAAACAAAAGUACACACUACAAGAACACCAGCGCAUUCACACCGGAGAGAAACCCUAUUACUGCCCCGAGUGUGGAAAGAGUUUUACUGGGAGGAGUAGUCUCACAAACCACCAGCGUGUUCAUACAGGAGAGAGACCGCAUCACUGCUCACAGUGUGGGAAACGUUUUACUGACUUCAGGAAUCUGAUAAAACACCAGCGCAUUCACACGGGAGAGAGACCGUAUCGGUGUGUGGAAUGUGGGAAAACUUUCAUUCGAAAGGACACGCUUCAAAUCCACCAAUGCAUUCACACCGGACAGAAACCUUAUUUCUGCUCCGUGUGUGGGAGGAGUUUUAAAAAUCUUAGUAAUUUUCAAAAGCACCAACGCAUUCACACGGGAGAGAGGCCGUAUCAGUGCUCUCAGUGUGGGAAGAGUUUCAUUAGCAGUAGUCAUCUGACAUCACACCAGCGCAUUCACACAGGAGAGAAGCCGUAUCGGUGCUUAGAGUGUGGGAAGAGUUUUAACCAAAGUGGUAAUCUCCAACGACACCAGCGUGUUCACCUCCGUGAGAAACCGAGCUGAGGGUAGCAAGUGUUUCAGCAACACAAACCUAUACACACAGGCCAUGCCUCAGUUCUCCUCAGAAAGUGUGGAAAUUAGCUGGAAUUAUUCCAAAUCACUUCAAAGUCUCAUAAAAAUGAUUUUGGGCAAUAAUUGGACGACCAUAAAAAAGUAGUUUUUAGUACAUUCAUGCAAAAUAUAUCUCUGGAUGUUUUUUUGUUUGUUUUUAGUUUAUGUAAAUUUCUCAUCUUAGACAGGUAACGUACACGUCAGUGAGAGGGAUGACAUCGGAACUUUUUCUAGCCUCCAGCCUAUCUUUGGAACAUUUGAGCAUUUUUAAUUACUGUUAACAGUAAUGGUAUACUUUUUACUUAGUUACGUCAAAGCAGUAUUUUUUUUUCUUUUCUGCUAGGUGAACCUACACUACCUGUCCAAAAAAAAGAGAUUUCAUUUAAUCACAUUUAAUGAUUCCUCAUGCUCCCAGAAACAGUUUUUCAUAGUCCGAGUCCUGGAAUAUGUCCGUCCCAUCAGGGAAUUAAACCUCCAUAGAUGUGAUAACCUGGUAAUUUAGUACAUUCAGGUGGUCAGCUGCCUUGAUUUUAUUGCUGAGCCCAGACCUGAGCAACUGAACCAACCCCAGAUCAUAACACUAUCUCCAGAGGCUUGUACAGUGGCCAUCAGUCCACAUGAGUCUUGCUAACCAGUAGUUUUCUUAUGGACACACAGCUGUUUAGUCCCAAUCCCAUGAGUUCUCAUCACGCUGCGUGUGUAUGGAAAUUCUUACUUUCACUAUUAAAUGUAGCUCGGUUUUAUUUACUGACGAUUUUUUGUUUUACUAUGCAAUUUCUCCAAAUGUUUAAGUGAUCUGUUCAUAAUUUCUUUUCAUACUACAUUUCUUCUACAGAGUUGACUGUUCAGCACUAUCCUACCACGUUUUGAUAAUGUGCUGAAGGGUUCUCACCCAGUUACAGAUCCUUAAAACUACAAACCUUAGUUGUUUUCUUUGCUUGAUGCAAGACCAAUAAUUUAACCCUUCUGAAAGUGUGACUUUUUUUUGUUUGGCCAGGCUGUGUGUAUGUUGUCGUCAAACUUUUUUUUAAACUGAAUUUUCAGUUUAAAGUUAUAUUCAUUACAUUAGCAUUUGUUACCUAGCUGAGUCAUAUCUUAUUUAAAAAUGUUCUUCGUUCCAGACUUGUAUGUGUGUUAACAUAGAAAGUUAUAAUCAUAUUGGAUAUUUGAAAAACAAAAAAUAGAGAAAUGCUAAUUUAUUAAAGCAUGUUAAUGUAUGCAAUGAUGUCUGAAAUGCAGAGAGCUGUAGGAUUACACUACAAUAUUGUGAUUCAAAAAAGAACCUUACAGCGGUGUAAUUUUGUAAGUUGUACUUGAGGAAAACUACAUAUUAAUGUGACGUUGUAGUAGAUUUAGAAACUCUGGUUUUAACGUUCUGUGCAUCUUGUAUUUUCCAUUUAUGUCUUUACUCCUACAUAUUUAGUGGGACAUCUGUAUAAAAAAUAUUGUGCAUUUAGAGUGCAUGAUUUAUAUAUUUAUUAGAAAAAUAUAGACACCUUUGAAAGCAAUCUUUGACAAACCAAAGUAAUAGUCAAGCCCUUGCCUGGGAUGUAGAGAGGAACCUUUGAGCUAGCUGGUUAGUUAAUAAGUGGUCUGUAUACCACAAAUACAUCAUGUUGUAAUGACAAUUUUUGCAUAAAGCUGCCUUGGAAAAUUAAAAUUAAAGUAAAUGAAAAGGUACAUUUCUAGUUAUAAUUAGAAGAUACAGAAGAAAUUCCAAGAGAUCAAUGUAAUGUACUGUAAAUGUGAUCACCAAAAAUUUUAGUGUAUUCUGUGAAAAAAUAUAUUUUACUUUGUAAAUGUAAGUCAGUGUAAAGUUGCUUUUUAAGUUUGACAUUUUAAAAAGUUUGGCUUCAAGGGAAAUCAUGUUACUUUAAUAUAAGUUUGCAUUGUGAUUUUCAAAGUAUCUUUAGAUGCGAUUUACGUUUUUGUUACCAUUCCAAACAACAGGACACUGUUCUGCCUGCCAAUGGAAUAGUUUCUGUAGGAGCAUCCAGGAACUGCAGUGUUUCACCACCUCAAAUGUAAACACAUGUAAGUUAACAAUUAAUUGUAAAAACUUGAAUUGGAAGUCAAUGAAUUGCCACACAAAAGAAUCACGGAAAUUGUUUCUCUUAUCUCUAAUGGCCACAUUUGAUUUUAAGGAAGAUUACAUUGGUUCAGUGUAAUGGAGCAAAGUUUAAGUUUUAGCAAAAUCACAUUGUUAAUAAUGAAUCAAGAGUCUCAAAUGGACGGCAGUGGUUUCAUUCCAAUAGAAUUUUACAGACUAUUGAAAGAAGCAAUAU